AUGAACUUGAAAUUUAUUAAUAAUAAAUUAUUUAUCUCAUUAGCUUUAGUUAUAAUUUCGGUAAUAUAUCGGGAUAAACUGAGGCUAUAUUAUGAAAGUUUCGUCAAUGACCUAAAUACGAUUGAUAGAUCUGGAAUAUUUACCAAUUCGAAAUUAGCAGAAUAUGAUGGAGAAAUACAAAAAAGGUUGUACUUAGCUGUAUUAGGCAGUGUGUUUGAUGUGACCGAAGGUAAAACACAUUAUCAAAAGGGUGCAUCAUACAAUUACUUCAUAGGUAAGGAUGGAUCAAGAGCCCUUGUUACGGGUAAUUUUAAAGAUGAGAGUGAUGAGAAGGACCAUGUUAUUGAUUUAUCUUGUAAUGACUUAUUCACCUUGGUCCACUGGAGAAACACCUACAAGAAAAAGUAUAUUGAAGUUGGUAUCCUUAUAGGAAGAUUUUAUGAUCGCAAUGGUCAGGAGACAGCUUAUUCUAGAGAGUUUAGUAAUAAACUUAAACAAUGUGAACAAGAGAAGGAAAGUUCUAGAAAGGAGAAAGAAAAGUACCCUCCAUGCAAUAUAUCUUGGAGUGCAGAUGAAGGGACCAGGGUGUGGUGCACCACUACCAGUGGUGGUGUGAAAAGAAGUUGGGUAGGAGUUCCAAGGCUGCUGUACACCCCUGGAGUGGAGAAUCCACGCUGUGCAUGCAUCAAUGUACAAGAACAAGAUGCUCAAGGCCUUUUCAAGGAGUAUAAAAACUGUCCCAAGUCAGCAACAGAGUGUAUAGUUAAUAAUUAAAUACCAACACAGAUAAUUGUGUACCUGAAAUACAUUCCUCUAUUCCAUGUUACCAUUUUAACAGAUUUUAAGUUUAUGACGACAAGGUGUGAUGAGAUCAAAUAAUUACAUAGAUAUUAUAGAUGUACUGAUACAGAUACCAUUCUAUUUCUUUGUACAAAUAACAAAUAAGAUGAUAAUAUUGUGAUAAUUGUAAUAAAUGCAAAUAUAUUGAUUUUAUUGUGAAA